ACAUUAUUAUCAGUCUGCUGAGCCUUCUGUAUGUGAUGUGAGUGAGAACAUCCAUUCAUCAAUAAUGCUGGCACAUGCCGCCAUCUUGUGUUACAUCUGAGGUACUGCACCAGCAGCUACUACAACUGAGAAGCACAAUGUCACCUUUAUAGAAAGUAAUGGGGGACCUGACGCAAACAAAGGAACUGUCCUUCUGAUCAAGAGUAAUUUCCUGCAGGUGGCUGGGCGCACCGUCUGGAUUUCUGAAUUCCAGGGAAUGGAGGAGCUACAAGGGUUGCAGUGACUGCACAUUUCUAAUACCUUUAUGAUCUGUUAGAUAAGAAACUUUAUUGGUGGAUCUGCGUGUAUCAGAUACAGAUGGAGACAUAGAGAUGUCUGUGACGUGCUGCUAGCAGGAGUAUGACGGAACGUGCGACUCCCAUGGUUCGGAGGCAGUGCCGUAUUCUGCAUGCCAGUGUAUGACCUCGGCUAUGGAGCCCACCCUGAAUUGCAGUCUGUUGUCAGAGAGUCACAUUGACACAUCGCUGGACAGGACGGAGGCUCUGUGGGUGCUGCUAGAACUCUGCCGGCUGUCCAGGGCACCAGACACCUCACCCAUCUCAGAUGCUGUACAUGGCGUAUUGGGUACACUGCUCACCUGCGGACUCCUCCUGUCGCUCUUCUUCUUCAUCUUCACUGUGCGUUUCCGGAGAAACAGGAUUGUGAAGAUGUCCAGCCCUAACCUGAACCUGGUGACCGUGCUGGGCAGCGUCUGUGCGUACAUCAGCGCUUUCAUGUUUGCGGUGCAGGAAAACGCCUCCUCCGUGGAAACGGUGAUGCAGGUCCGGAUCAGCCUCCUGUACGUUGGUGUCACGCUGGUGUUCGGGCCAUUGUUGGGGAAGAGUUGGAGACUUCACCGGGUAUUUACCCACAGGGUGCCCGAUAAACGAGUGAUUAUAAAGGACCUGACGCUGCUUGGCCUGGAAGCUGGCCUUCUGUUUGUGGACGCCUUGCUGCUUCUGUCAUGGGUUCUGUCUGACCCUGUCCUCUGUACGCAGAAUGUGAGCGCCAGCAUCACGGCCGCUCGGCAGGGCACCUUCUGCGCCGUGACCAGAACACGCUCCUGUUCUUCCCUGUAUGCGGACUUCUGGAUCGCCCUCUUGGUGGGGUUCAAGGGCGUCCUCCUGGUGUACAGCAGCUACCUGGCCGGCCUGACCAGGAAUAUCAGCACUCCGCCAGUUAACCAGUCUCUGGUGAUCAUGGUUGGCAGCAGUCUUGCGGUCGUUUGCACCGCGGUUGUGUUCUUAGUGACUCGGUUCUUCCACACCUGGCCUGGCCUGGUCUAUGGAACGACGUCUGGAAGCAUCCUCGUCUGUACCAUCACAAUUAACGGCCUCAUCUUCAUUCCACAGCUGUUGCAGUGGAGGCAGUUUGAAGAGGAGCCAAGUCAGACGAACGUCCAGAUGGCCAAAUAUUUCAACAGUCCCAGCAAGAGCAUGAGGUCAAUGUACAGCGAGGAGCAAAUCUACCAGCUGCUGGGCGAGAACACAUCGAUGAGACGUCUGCUGACUGAGAAGAACGCAGUGAUAGAAAGCCUACAAGAGCAGGUGACGAAUGCCAAGGAGAAGCUGGUCCAGCUCCUGAAUUCCGAAUGCAGCGUGAUCCCCGAGGCUGCCGCUAUCGCUGCGUCAACGCUGGCUCUUCAGCAGCACAAAGACUCUCCAGACGAGGGCACCGAUGGAGAAAGCAAGGGGCUAACUAAGAAUGAUCCAGAAGACGACACAAACCACCGCCUGUGUGUCCAACCAGCUCAGGGAUAUACCACCUCGAAAUCUAACGAUGAAGGAUUCCAGUCCCCUAGUGAAGAAGGAUAUGAAUUGCGAGUCAGUGUCCCCCCAUCCCCUAACUGCUCCAUCCUAAAACAAGAGACUGAAAUGGCUGCAAUGUCCAGAAACGUCAGCUUUGCAGACGGCGCCUCCUCUAAAUCUCAGCAGGAGAGCACAGGCAGAGUAGCAGACGAGGCGUGGGAGCAGUUGACGAGAAAGGUAAACUAUGUCAGCAGUGAGAAGCUGCAGGACAUCCUGAGGGAGCUCAGCAUAGAGACUCUAUCGGGCUGUGGGAAGUCAUCUCCAAGGAGGCAGAGACGUUCCAGCCACAGUUUCCACGGGGAGACCGCAGCACAUCCUAGCGAAGGGUUCCGCAAUGUUUGCCUCAGCUUGUCGCCUUACAUAACACGGAGAAGACGGGGUCAUGGAUACGGUUGUAGGAACGUUGCCCGUUUCUCACAGAAUGUCAGGCCGAUGCCUCCCCACGCGCAUUAUUUUAUAAACCAAGGUUCCAGAGACAGAUCCAAUGACGCGAACGUGCACAGAGGUGACCUGUUAAAUCCCACGCCUGAGAUAGCACUGGAUGAAACCUACGGUGACCGAUGUCGGCCAUCUGCCCCAACAAGGAGCGUGGAAUUAUGCUUUCAAGCAGAAGAAAGGGACCAAGGGAACGGCGGCGUAUGGAUAACAAAAUUAUCAGACCGCCAAAACUACGGUAAGGGAUCUAGCCGUAUUACCCACUGGGCCCACUUGGAGCCAGACCCACGGGACACUUACAGAUCCCAGACUCCCUUUUCAGAUUCAGACUCUAGUAGCUCGGAGGAGGCUCUGUGCUUCUGCCACAGGCCCUACUGUGACAUCUGCUCUGUGAAUACAUGUGAGUCCAGUGACAGCUGCAACACGGAGAUGGAUGAGCACCUGCACGGGUGGCCGAGACAUCCCAACCAUUCCCAGACAGUCAUAAACUUUAAUGAGGACCUUCAGCCGACUUUUGUUUGAUGGUUAAAGCGAGUUGCACUUUUCUUUUACCCUCACUGUCUGAGGAACA